UCUGCUUUAGUCAAUCUUUUUUGAUUGCCGUAAACGCUAAACGCUGUUCUCCCCUAUAAUUUCUAUUGAAAUCUCACCACAGAUUCCAAAAUGAGUCAACAAUUAUAUUGUAACCCGAGGGAGCCUAAAGAGUGGAGUCAUAACUUCUGCAGGAACGGUUUUUACUCCAGUACAGAAGUCGAGAGGUUUCCAGUACCUGAUGAAUUAGUUGGUUGGAAAGUUGAUUGGCCGGAAUAUGCACCGGUGGAAUACACGUCCUCAAGUAUUCACGGGAAACCAUGGGCUGAUCCUGACAUUUCAGAUUCUUCAUUCAAUCCCAAGUGGAAUGCAGAUGAUGGACCUAUCAACCGUAACUCGUGGGGACGAAAGUUUGGAUGUCCCUCUUAUAUUAUCACAGAGGACGGGCGACCAAGAAAUCCACUAGGUCGCACGGGAAUAACCGGUCGAGGACUCCUAGGUCGCUGGGGUCCGAAUCACGCAGCGAAUUUCAUAAUCACAAGGUGGAGAUCCGACUCCACGUUUCCAGCUAAAGCAGAAGAGAUCAGUGAAACCGAUGAGCACAAAAAGGUUGAAAAUAAUGAAAAUUGUGAAACGACGAAAAACAAGGGCAAUACCCAACUAAAGAAAGACGUUCUCCAAUUCAUGGCCAUUCAGAGGCGAGACACAAAACAGUGGGCAAUACCUGGGAAAAUGGUGGACCCUGGAGAAUCGGCGGAGGACACUCUGGAACGAGAAGUUAUAAGGGAAACGCUGAAUUUUUUUCCCAAAAAAACAGGUUAUGAAAAGGAGUGGAAAUUGGUGAUAAAGAAAUUCACGAAGACAGAUCUCGUGUACAAAGGAUACAUGGACGAUCCUAGGAACACAGAUAAUGCUUGGAUUGAAACGACAGCAGUAAAUUUCCACGAUAAUGAGGGGUCGGCCUUCAGUAAAAUGCCCCUCACGGCAGGAGGUGAUUCGUAUAAUGUUAAGUGGGUGGAUAUCGAUGAAAGUUUAGACAUUGAUGCCGAGCACAAAAAGCUUCUGCAAUUCGUUGUGCGACUUAGAAAUGCCCAUCCAGUCAUAGGUCCCUGAGAGGAUCAUUCCAAAAAGAAUUCUAUUUAUUGUUCGAUAACACGAUAAUCUUUCGAAGGAUUUAAUCCAGUUGAUUCAAUCUGUCAUGUAAAAAUAAAAUUCUCUUUAAAAUUUA